ACAGAGGAAACUUACUUCAAGCAGCCAGCAGCUGAGGGACCCACAACUUGAGGAUUGUAACCCUAAAACAGACCAUCAUGAAGAUGCUGGUGGCUCUCCUAACGCUGCUGUUGCUUUGUGUUAAUGGCGUACACGGCGACUGUCAGGAUGACUGCCUGUCCUGCAGCCGUAUCCUGCCCAAACAGCUCACCUUCAACACCAUGGAGUGCCUCUUAGAAUGUGAAGCCUCCGACACCCUGGCAUCCUCCUGGGAAACCUGCCGUAGGUCUUUGUCGCUAUCAUCCAUGCCCAAAAGAUCCCAGGAGGAGGUGGAGGCCUUGUUUCCAGAAGAGGUAGAGGAAGUGGAGGGGGAAAAUGAUGGGGAGGGCCUGCCCCUGGCCUUGCAAAGGUUGGAUCGCAUUACCCAAGUGCUGGAUGACAGAGAUGCGGACACCCAUGAUUCCUUGUCCUUGGAUGAUGAGUCUGAGGACUCCAAUAAUGACAACAUGGCCCUGAGUGUCUCCAAGAGGUUUGGGGGCUUCGUGAAAGGCCGCCACAGCUACAGGAAGCUGAUUGCACCAGCAAGGUCUUACCAGAAACGCUACGGCGGCUUCAUCGGCAUCCGUAAGUCGGCGCGCAAGUGGAACAACCAGAAACGCUUCAGCGAGUUCCUUAAACAGUACCUGGGCAUGAGUACUCGAGCCACAGAGUACAACAGCGUCUCAGAGGAGCUCAGCCAUCAUAAUGAGGUGUAGCGAGGCCGUGAAAGCCGCCACACUCAAAUGUUUGUGUUUGUAGCCCAGGCUGGAUUUACACUACAGGGCCCAAUUCCCAGUUAGUGCCUGUUUGUGGACUGUCCAGUAACAUCCACUGUCAAGUUACACAUAUCUGAUAUUGAUAUUUAUGUGUAGGAUGCUUCCUCUGUUUUGACUCAUUUGUUCAGUUUUUGCUCACUCAACCUAAAAAUGAAAUGUAGACUCCUAAAAAAAUUGGUUGUGACUUGGUACUAACGCCUCAAAGUCUUCGUUUUGACUUGGCAGGCAUCACUCUCUAGAUUUCUAGAAUGUUCAAAAAUUAGGUUCCGCUUAGUUUAGAUGCAUCAAAGACUUUGAUUUGGUCUUGACUCCUUAAAGUCUUCACUUGGUCAUGAUUGUUCAAAGCAUUGGUCUCAAUUUGGUCUGAACUCCGCACUCCUGAUUUGUCCUGUACUUGCCUGAAUUCUUUAUUUCAUAGGUGGUGGUGCAUCUAUGCUCGAGUGUAAAACACAUCUGUCUAUUCAUUUUAGUGCGAACCUGAAUUUUAGAAUUUGGUAGGUCACUCUGCACUAAGACAAUAUUCAGACAUACUGAGGGUCUGUCUUUGUCGACACACCCAGCGUAUGUGACAUUUUUUUACUAGUCCUUCUCAAAAAAUUAGCAUAUUGUGAUAAAGUUAAUUAUUUUCUGUAAUGUACUGUUAACAUUAGACUUCUGAUAUAUUUUAGAUUCAUUACAUACAACUGAAGUACUUCAAGGCUUUUAUUGUUUUAAUAUUGAUGAUUUUGGCAAAAAAGUCAAGAAAAACCAAAAAUCUCGAUCUAAAAAAAUUAGCAUAUUUCAUCCAACCAAUACAAAAAAGUUUUUUUUUAAUACAAAAAAAAGUCAACCUUCAAUUGAUUAUAUCAGCUACGCACUCAAAACUUGGUCGGGAAUCCUUUUGCAGAAAUGACUGCUUCAAUGCGGUGUGGCAUGGGGGCAAUCAACCUGUGGCACUGCUGAGGUGUUAUGGAUAUUUCGAUAGCGGUGUUACGAGUACCCCUGGUGGUCAGGGGCCGCGAGCGUAACAUAAGACGGCAGGUGUGAAAGGAGGAGGCAGUGACAAAUCAAAAUUGCAAAUAAAAAGUUUAUUUAACAGUAAAAAAGGCAAUGGACACAGAGCACACAAACAUUUACCCAACCCCCUGCACUAUGCAGCAAACACCAAAUAAAAGUUCCAAAACCCCCCAACUAAACCUAGAACCCAAACCAACCCCCAAACUAAAUCAAUACUGUGGCAGGCACAUAGUGUACCCCAAAAUAAAUGGGUGGUGUUGCCGCUCUAUCUAAUGGACUUAAAUUACUCUCCAUCCGUAACAGGCGUCCUUAACCUCAUCCACAGUGUUGGGUCUGGUGUCUCUCAACAUCCUCUUCCCAGUAUCCCACAGAUUCUCUGUGGGGUUCAGGUCAGGAGAGUUGGCAGGCUAUUUUAGCACAGUAAUGCCAUGGUUGGUAAACCCGUUACCAGUGGUUUUGGCACUCUGAGCAGGUGCCAGGUCGUGCUGAAAAAUGAAAUCUUCAUUUCCAUAUAGCUUUUCAGCAGAUGGAAGCAUGAAGUGCUCCAAAAUCUCCUGCAUUGACCCUGCCCUUGAUAAAACACAGUAAACCAACACCAGCAGCUGACACCCCAGACCCAAACUCUGGCACCUUGAUUUCUGAAUGACAUGGAAAAUUUGCUUUAUUCUGAAAAACGUACUUCGGACCACUGAGCAACAGUCCAGUGCUGCUUCUCUGUAGCCCAAGUCAGGCGCUUGACUCGCCUGUGCAUGGUGGCUCUGGAUGUUUAUACUCCAGACUCAGUCCUCUGUUUCUGCAGGUCCCCCAAAGUUUGGAAUCAGCCGUUGUCCACAAUCUUUCUCAGGGUGAGGUCACCUCUUCUGGUUGUGCAGCGUUUCCUGCCAUACUUUUUCCUUCCCACAGACUUCCCACUGAGGUGCCUUGAUACAGUACUCUGGGAACAGCCUAUUAGCUCAGAAAUUUCUUUCUUUGUCUUAGCCUCUUGCUUGAGGGUGUCAA